AUGUCCGAGAUACACAACCAACCCAAGUCUUCAUCUGGCCCCAUCUAUUCUAAGGAUCCAAGAAACAAUCUGUCCUCAAGGGAAACUUUUGGUGAAAAGGCGAUUCAUGCUAAUUAUGAAGAAAUUUGCUUUGUAGUGCAAAGUUUUCUUAGCUGCUUUGAUAUCUUCAACGGGACCACGAAGAGUGACUUUGACCCUGUGUACCAUCUGUCAGAUUGGAGCAACAGACAUAGCUCACUACUCCACCCUGGGUACAAAGGCAGUCAAACUUCAGGUGAACUCCCAUCCGGAAUGUUUGCAGCAGCACCCCAAUUGUCACCUGUCUUCAUGGUUGACCAGGACAGUUUGCCAACAUCUAGCAACAAUCUCAGUCAAGCUAAACCUGAUGAGGCUUACAAACCUUCCGUGACCUCCACUGAACAUGUCAAAAUCACUGUAAAGACUGACAUUCAUGAUCAAUUGAGCGACCUCAUCAAGAAGCAUGGGUCAAUCACCACCCCAUUCACCACCAGUCAGGAUAUGUGA